AUGGGUAUUGUUGUGGUUUAUCCCUUGUAUAAACUCGUUGUUUAAUCUUUUGAAAUUAAGAAGAGUCUUCUGAAUUUUUGAGUUUUGUUCUACUUUGAACAAUCAACGAAUCCCUGGAAAAGUUUGCUUCGAGUAUAUAUUUACAGAUUGAUUACUCUGCCUCUAUAUCAACAAGAUAUAGGGGAUGAUUCUUGAAUUAGAAUCGGUUCCUCGUAUGUUCAUGGAAAACUCAACAACUUCUAAAGUUGGUUGUAGAUUAUUUGAAUUGGAAGGCGAACUACAUCCAACCUAAUUAUGGAUGAUCAACUUUGAAGGAAGAUGCGAAUGAAUAUGGAUUUUGUGGCAUUAUAUUGUGGCACGUCACCUGGACUGGACAUAUCUGCUCACACUGGCUUCCUGUCAUUUUGCUUAAUGCAUGACAAACAAUUUACCAAUAUGGUGCUUGCUAGGCUGCUAGCUUCUUAUAGCUUAUAGCUCACCUCCUCAUCCUCAUCACAACAAAGGUACCGACCCAAACCGAAAACACCACCGAUCGACGUUCUUCUUCUUCUACUCUGAUCAGUUGUAAACUUGUAACAAUUGUGUUACUGUAUUUAACAUGUCUAGCAACUGUCCACAUAAAAUUCCUACAGAGUUUAGACCAUUUAUUUACAGCUUAGAUGAACACUGAGAAUAUCCCUCAGAAUAUUACCUGCCGCGGUGAUCAUCUUCAGCCAAUUACAAACCCAACCCAUUUGCAUGGCACACUAGUUUAUGUACCUUCUUCAAUGUUUCAACCAUCUUUUACAGGCCUAGUACCUUUCAACAAAAUUUUUUACUUGUAAGCUUUCCUUUUAUCAUCUCCCUCCACAUUUAAUAUUUUACAGAUUCCCCCCUUUGAACUUUUCAUUUUAUUCUUUGAGCACCCCUUUUAGCCUAACUAGCUUAGCUAAUUGUACAUAUACAGAUAGAGAGCUAGAGAUAAACCAAUUCACUUUGUGUCUUUUCAUGAGUAAUUAGCAAAAGUUGCGGGCUCAGCCACCCCUAGUCAAUUAGUAAUAGUAUAGUAGCUAGCAAGAUUUGUAGUAGUAGUAGUACUAAUUUGUUUUUAGCGGUCCCCUGGAGAAGUUGAUUGAUGGAAGAAGCCUCACAUGAUAAAAUAGAGGGCUCCUCUCCCUCAAAGUUAAAUAACCCGCAUCCCACCAUAAACACACCAAAUAACAACAACAACAACAAUAUGCACCACUGCAUGGACAUACCAAUGGGGGGAUUGGAGGUUCACAAGGUUGUUCCUCCACCCCAUAGAAGCACCUUGCAGAAGCUCAUGGCCAGGCUCAAAGAAACCUUCUUCCCAGAUGACCCUUUGCACCAGUUCAAAGGACAGCCACCAAAGAAGCAAUGGAUUCUUGGAGCUCAGUAUGUCUUCCCUAUCCUUGAAUGGGGUCCUACUUACAGCUUCAAGCUCCUCAAGUCUGACAUUAUUUCUGGUGUCACCAUUGCUAGUUUAGCCAUCCCUCAGGGAAUCAGUUAUGCUAAGCUUGCUAAUCUACCUGCAAUUGUGGGUCUCUAUUCCAGCUUUGUUCCUCCUUUAGUGUAUGCUGUUCUUGGAAGCUCAAGAGACCUUGCAGUAGGACCUGUGUCCAUUGCUUCUCUUAUAAUGGGAUCAAUGCUUAUGCAAGAAGUUUCUCCCACAAAAGAUCCAAACUUGUUUCUUCAACUUGCCUUUACUUCAACCUUCUUUAGUGGUAUUAUCCAAGCUUCCCUAGGAUUAUUGAGGCUUGGAUUUAUCAUUGAUUUCCUUUCAAAGGCCACUCUUAUUGGUUUUAUGGCUGGAGCUGCUGUGAUAGUUUCUCUGCAACAGCUUAAGAGCCUCCUUGGAAUACAAAAUUUCACCAAAAAAAUGGCUGUAGUCCCUGUUUUGAGCUCUGAAGAAAGAGAAGCGAAGAAGAAGGGAUCAUGA